AUGGCGCAAGAACGUAAGGCGGUUAUUAAAAAUGCUGAUAUGUCUGAAGACAUGCAGCAAGAUUCCGUCGAUAUCGCGAACCAGGCGCUCGAGAAGUACUCCGUGGAGAAGGACAUCGCUGCUUACAUCAAAAAGGAAUUCGACAAAAAAUACAACCCCACCUGGCACUGCAUUGUUGGUCGCAAUUUCGGCAGCUACGUGACCCACGAAACUCGCCAUUUCAUUUACUUCUACCUGGGUCAAGUCGCUGUUCUGCUGUUCAAGUCUGGCUGA